AUGAAUACAACAACGGGUUCAACAGAUUCAAAACCUAAACCAAAACCAAAACCAAAGCCAAAAUCAAAACCAUCAAAACCAAAAGCGAAACCAACAUCAACAGAUACGUCUAAAAAAUCGUCAAACACUUUUAGAAAAUCCAGUGGUAAUAAGCAAAGUGGUAAAAAGACAGAAACCACAUACUCAAAGCCAGAUGUGAAGAGUGAAACCAAACCAGUACAGAACCCAUCAAGUAACGAUAAUGGUGAACAAGUAACUGUCGCAAGUUUACUCUCAAGUGUCCCUCCAAAAUUACAGAAUAGUAAUACAUCCCCUGAAAAUCCUGUUUCUGAAUCAACAAACUCUUCUUCAUACAAUGGAAACAAAUCUCAAAACUUAUCAUUAAGUGAGAUUGUCCAAGCUCUAAAAGAUAUUCCAGAUGCAAGUUAUAUUGAAGAAAUAUCAAAAGCUCGUUUUCAUAGCGUUGAGAAGUAUAUUGAAGAAUUGGAGAAAUCAAGUACACAUCAUCCAAAUCUUCAAAAUAGAGAUAAACUUGAAGUACUUGUUAAUGCUAUUCGUACUGUUAAUAAUCAAAAAACUGCAUUGGUAUCUAUUGACAUUGAAGCAUUUGAAAGAAACACCAAUAUUGUCACCGAGUUAGGUAUUUCAAUUUAUGAUCCAAUAAAAGAAGCAACUUCAUUAGUCCCAUCAAUUAUUAAUAUUCAUAUUAUAUUGAAAGAAGCUUUUAAAUUAAGAAAUGGUUCUUUUGUUCAUGAUCAUAAAGAUAAUUUCUUGGGUGGUAAUUCGUUAGUAUUAAAUCAAAAAAAUACAGUUAAAAUGGUUCAAUCAAUAAUAGAUUAUUAUUUCAUUGAAAGACAAAAAGAUGGAUUUGAUGCAAGAUUUGUUGCACAUAAUGCAGCAGGUGAUUUGAAAUGGUUAAGACAAAUGGGUGUUAAAUUACCACAAAAUUAUGAAAGUUUAGAUACAGAAAGAAUUUAUACAUUUACACAUGGACAAAAUGGUUGUUCAUUAGGUGGAAUUUUGAAAAGAUUUAAUAUACCUCAUAGUUUUUUACAUAAUGCAGGCAAUGAUGCUUAUUAUACACUUAUUGCAUUAUUAAAAAUGACAGAUCCACAUUUUAGAAAAGUUAGAAAAUUAGAUGAUUUUGAAGAAGAUGAAAAAUAUAAUUUAUUUAGUGAAUCACAAAAAGAUUUAUUAAAAUAUCAAAAUAAUUUACCAAAAAGAAAUAAUCAACCAAGAAAACAAUUGAAAAGCCAUGAAUUUUCUCCUUAUAUUGAAUAUUUUAGUCAUCAAGAUGCCUUAUUAAAGAUUUUUGAAUAUCAUUAG